UUAGUAGGGCUCCACAACACUGUGAGAUCGAAGUAUUAAAAUCUCUUAAUAUUAAGUAUACCUGAAUUCAUUUAGUCACCAAGACAGAUUUCCAAAAAUGUCAACGGAAUGGAAGGCCAUAAAACCAUUAAAACCUGCUGUGCUAGCUAGUCCCUGCUAAUAGAAUUAAACCUCCAAUCGUCCAUUAAUGUAUGGUGUCAUCAAUCUUCUUCACUAACCUACGGUUCUCAUCGCCAAGCUUUCUUCAUUUCUCUUCCUGGAUACUACCCUAGGACCACAAUAUCAGCAGCAAGUCAUAGCUGUAGCUGCGCAGCUUUGAUCUAGCAUGAUAGGUUUCAACGGACCGUCAGCUGUUGCUAAGUUAUGGAUUAUGCGACCGGUUUAUCUUCUGCCAUGUGCUGGAUGCCUAGAGCGGUCAGAUAAGCGCACAAACGGAGAUUCAUUUCUUAAAAAUCGCACCACUUCUUUUAAGGUAGACACCAACAUUUGGAUUGGAGUAGGAGAACUGAGGAUGGACGUUGAGGUGAGUAAAAAUUUCUAUUUUGGAUUAAUUCAUUAACUGUUAGACUUAGUAUUAGAUUCAUAAAUUAUUUGAAAAUCGCUGUUAUUCAAAUACGUUUUAAACUUGAAAAUACGUAGUUUGUUAUGGAAUAAAAAAGAACUCGGCCCGAUUGAAAUCAAUUUGAAAAGUCAUAUUGAGAAAAUGUUUGCUACUUGCGCUGUCGAUUUCUAUCGUUAGGUGUCGUUGCUCGGUCUUUUUAUCACAAAAAAGAAGCGGGCCGAUCAAGGGAAAAAAUAAAUUUUUGGAAAAAAAAGAAGAGAAAUCCCGACAAUAUUGACAACGGGAGCUCUUUUAACCCGCGGGAUCUUAUCCCUCUCCCCCUCCUUUUUUUUUCAUUUCUCCUCCUUUUCUCUCUGCUAUGAGCGUCGGCUCUUGAACAGAAAAAUUGAUUCAUCGACUUUCCCCAUGUCCAUUCCCUCUUUUGCCUUUGCGGAUCCAUGGCUGCUCUCCCUGCCCUGCUCAAGAUCCAAUGAUGUUGGACGCAACCAUUCGGAUCUCAUAUCUCUCUAUAACAUCAUAUACAUUUUUUUUUUUUCUCUCUCUCUAGCUUGCUGCCGGCCGGACAUUGAAGAUAUCCGUGCCCAACCUUUUUUGUUAGAUUCUCUUGUCAACCGGAUUCAUAUCAAAUGUUGAACAUGAUUCUCUCUCUCUCCCCCCGCCGGUCUUCCGAUAAAAAAAGGUCAAACCUCCAUACCUUUUUCCCGUGAUUUCUUUUGGAGUCGACGAUAUUAAAUUAUUAUAACUGCCUUACACAUAGUGUACGUUCGGACUUGUAUGAUUGCUGCUGAACUGAAAUGUUUGAUUUUUCCAUUCUUCACAGAGAAAUGGACUGAGCCAUCGCUCGUGGGGGUCGAGAGGGCAAGCAGCAGCACAAGGUCUUCUUUAAUAUUCGAUUAACUUUUUCUUUUCAUUGACGUAACGUUCCGUUUGAUCCGACAGAGGCCCACUAAUAUAUCCGUUCCCAAUUAUUUUGAGGGCCAAAGAAAAACAAAUUUGCCGCCUGAAAUUUUUGCGCACUGACCCACAAACGGUUGAAGAAACUGAUUGGCGAUCUAUGCAAAAGGGCGACGUGCGUGACGACCGAUGAUCUAAUAAUCUUUGAUCCGCUUCUAAUCAUGUCAUCCUUUUUUUUUUGUUUUUCUCGUUGGGCUAUAGAAGUGGAGCAGGCAAACGGCAGAGUCACGUAGCUGCUAGAGCCUAUACACAAUAAGAAGCGAUUAGCUUUUCAUAUAUCUUUUUAGCUCUGACCGCCCCUUGUCGAAAAAUCACGAUAAACUAUUUUUGUGUGGUUAGUCAACAUAUUUUGUAGGCUCAUCGUGUCAAAGUCACAGUCGGGAGAUUAUCGUGAUCUAAAGUCGAAUUUCCGUGAUUUUUUUAUUUUUUUUUUGUGUCGAGUAACGCCACAUAAACAGCUUAGCAACCGAAAUCUUUUUUUAAAAAAGGAAAUGUCGAAAUUUUAGUUUGCUGGGGUUUUUUUUUGUACCCAGACAUUCCUGGAUCAACAACAACAAUUGAAAUUAAUUAGAUUUGGUAGGAAGUUGUCGAGUAUGUUGUUGUUGUUGUGUCCGGAUGGAUCUCGCUGGCGGAUUCAUUUCGCAGGAUUCUUUUUUUAUUGAGCGCAAGUCGCGUAAGAGAGAAAGGGGCGGAGCUGGGGUGACUCCGCCCUCCAUUACACGCACACACACACACACCGGGAGGGGUAGCGUGUAUAGAAAAGAGCGAGAGAGAAACGGGGAGUUAGUGAAUCUCCACCCUCACGGACUCGUCGGAAUGAAAGUAGAGUUUCAAAAAGUUGCUCUCCGGCGCGUGACACCGUCAGUGAGGUGAUACAAACCGGCCGGGAUAGAACUCCCACCGUUUCUUGUGUCUCUGCUCUAUCAACAACCCCCAACGACAAUUGUUGUACUCCCGCGUGAGAGAUUCUAAAAUCCAGAACAAUUUUUGUUUUAUUAGCCAAGGGAAGGAAAAAGAGAUAUUUGUAGGUUUGAUUGAUAUUUUUCAUAUCGGAAUGAAUGCCGAUGUAGUGGCCGCCCCGAGCAGCACAACAACUUCUCUCAUCGACAACAACAACCUGACGGUGUUGAACCGUCACAUGGCCCACAUGGCGGAAUCGGCAAUUCAAAACCCCACCUCUUCAUCCUCAAAGAAUUCAGCCGACGACUGCCAGGGCAGUCAACAAUUGAUGUCGUUAUGGCGUCCGAUCAUGUGCCGAACGAGUCAAAUGUUCCCGCCACCGCUUCCACCGCCAACGACAACAACGCGAAAUUCAAAUCCGACCGCCACCGACCUGUCGAUGUUGACAGCCAGUAACAGCAUCCAUCCCUAUCUCCACUCCAUCAGCGUCGAUCCGUCCAAGACGACGACGACGACGACAGCUUCACACCACAACAACAACAACACCACCAGCAAAAACUGCUCGUCCCAUCAACACAACAACAACAACAAAAUCUCGAUCGACUCUCACGCCCAUCUCGCCUCACCUACGACUUCGAGUAAAUCAAUUCCGGUUCAUUGCGUGGUGAUGAACACGACGACGCCGUGUUACUUGGCUGAUGCAGCCAUGAUCUCUUCGCCAACUUCGCCAGGUGGAAUGGAAGGAGGAGCUUCGACUCCCAACAGUAAGUCGACGCCCAAUUUGACUGAGGAAUCGGUGGAUGUCGACAGUUACGCCAUCAUUCCAGCGUCGACGUUAUUUAACCAAAUCGUACCCGUCGUCCUUCGUAAACUCGGAUACUCGGAUGACGUCAUCUUUAACGCAACCGGUUGGCUGAUGAUGAAAAACUGGAGGCCAUUGAGUUUGACUCAAAUCGCCAGCAGCGAUCGGGACACUGUCGGCGGAGUUCUCGGCGAAUUGACCACAGUUGCCACACUCCGCAUCUACAUCAGAAAAAAUUUUAGUGGCAAUUCGAGCCACCAGUCGGAAAUGAAGAACAAAGUAUUACGAUGGCUUAUGACUCAAAGCCAACAUUUGAUCAACAACGGCCGUUUCCCCCUAGACGAGAAAUGGCAGCAAAAAGUGAUUAGAGGAGAGAGACCCACCACACCGUCGGCCGACACUCGACGCCAAUUCGACGCUUGGUUUCAACAGGAAAUGAUCCGUCCCAGUCCCACCAUAACCUCAACUCAACAACAACAGCAGCAGCAGCAACAACAGCAACAACAUUUGAUUAUGACGAGAUCCAGCAACAGCGAGAAAAUUGGUCACCAUCACCACCGUCACAGUCCCAGCAACAGCACUAAUGAUCCGUCGGCUGGAUCGUUGGCCGAAAACAACAACAACCUUCACCUUUGCAUGUCCUCGACGUCCGUCGGCGCCGGACUCCAUUCGUCGUCAUCCUCGUCCCAAUUGUCUCGCGAUGUUUCCGCAAUGGCCUCGGCUGCGGCUCCUAGGGUCCGCAUGAGGACAACAUUCGAUCCUGAACAGGAACUGCCUCGGCUCCAGCGCUGGUUCUCUGAGAAUCAACACCCGACCCGCUUCCAGCUCCAACUCUACGUCCAGGAACUCAACGAAUUGGAGUCGAGACGAGGCCGUAAACCGCUGGAUGUCAGCAAUUUAGUUUAUUGGUUCAAAAACGCCAGGGCGGCGUUCAAACGCGCAGAGGUCCGCGGCGGAGGCAACGGCCAUCAUCACCAGCACUUGGCUGGCGGAAGAGAAUCCAACGGAGGAAUUGGAGGAGGAUCCUGGAUGGCCGGCCAAUCUUUGCGCGAGGGACUUUUGCUUUCCUCUUCCGGCGGCGCUGGAGAAGAGGAGGAAGAAGAGAGUUUGGAUGGAGAUCAUCGCCACCGUCGCCGGAUGAUGGAUGAAGAUGAAUUGGAUCAUCCGAUCGACGAGGAGGAAGAGGAAGAAGACAUGGAUGAGGAGGAGGAAGAAGAAGACGCCAGUUCUUCGGUUUCUGACCGUUCCAGGCGGAGUUUCACUUCGACACAUCCAUCGAUCGCCAUUCCGCUCAAAUUAGAGCCGCUGGAUCUCAACCGCAGCAGCAGCUGUGACGAACGUGACGUUAAAGUCAAUCACGAAGGAGAUGGUCAACGCCAGGGGGCCGAUGGCGAUCCGAUUGCGGAACAGCAGGCGAUGGAUCAUCCGGCCGUCCAGCCCAACGGAGUCGAUGACGGCGGAGAUUUAGACGACGACGAGGAUUUGGGGUCGCAGGCCUCUGGCGAUUCCGAUUCCGACUUGGAAGAUUACGCCGAGAAUUUGUCGCUGUCGAAACAUCCAGCGGAUGACGGCCACCACGGCAAGAAAGUCGAUCCGCUUUCGCAACACAACACGAGCGGAGGUUCAUCCAGCAGUCAGGACUACGCGGCGGCGGCAGCUGCAGCGGCCGGAUCCAGCGGAGGCGGAAGUGGUGGCGGAUAUUCCGGAUUCGCCGGCCUCAACUUGAGUCACGCACAACUUAAUCCGCACGGGCUGGUCUACAUGACAUCACCAUACCUUCAGGGCAUCGGAUCUUCGUUGUUGCAUCACCAGUCGGCGGCUGCUGCAGCGGCUGCGGCCGCCGCAGCCGCCGGACUGGCCCAUCACCUCCACCACCAAUCGUCUUCCUCCUCGUCCCGUGGCGGCGGAAGCAUCGGAAUGGAUCCGUUGAGUCUGACGUCAUCGUCUGGCGGCGGCAAUUGCAGCGACGACCGUCGUAAACGCAAUCGGACGUUCAUCGAUCCGGUGACGGAAGUGCCGCGAUUGGAGCACUGGUUUUCUCUCAACACGCAUCCGUCGCACUCACUGGUCCUCCGCUACACGGACGAACUCAACCGCCAACCCUAUCGGCUCAAAUUCCCCAAAUUGGAGCCGAAAAAUGUCCAAUUUUGGUUCAAAAAUCGACGCGCUAAAUGCAAACGGCUCAAACUUUCACUCUGAAUUUGAAUUUCAUUGCGAGUCCGUUCCCCCCUCCGUUGUGGGGGGGGGGCUCGAUUUUGUCUUUUGUGUUUUUAUUUGACGAUUUAAUGGCCAUUUGUUGAUUAUCUUAACUUUUGUGAUGUUUGUGUCAAUCCAACCCCCUCGAUUGUUUUUUAUUUUCUCUUUCGGUCCUAGUCGUCACAUUUUUUCUUGUUCCGUUUUUGACGAUUCCGUCUGUUUUGUGUCGAUUUUAAGAAAAAGGCAAAAAUAUUUUCCCUCCGCCAUGAUUGUUUCGUCAUUUGUGUGUUGAUGGACCUCGUCAAUCUUUUUUGUGUUUCAAUGUCCUCCCUCCCAUUCUGUUAUUCUAUGAAAGAAAAUAAUGAAUGCAAAUUUUUUGAUGAUGAUAAGGAAAUAAUCUCUCGUCAUGUGGCAAUGUGAUGUUCAUUACCCAAUCACCUGAAUCCUCGCGAAUGUUUGUGUGUGUGUAAAAGUGCCAUUUGUUUAAAUUUUUUUCCUCCCCCCCCCUCAAUUUGUUUAUUUUUUGAAAACACACCCCAACAAAUAAAAACCUUAAAAAAUAAAAAUAAACGGACUAAAAAAAAAA